AUGGCAUUCCAACAGUCGGCUGCUCCACGUCCCAUUGCCAUUAACAAUACCCCUCGCUCUCAAGACGCCUCAUCUCAAACUCAGAUACGACCAGCCUUAGAAGACUCCCAAGAAUGGGUUCUCUUCACCCCCUCCACCGCAGACUCGACCAUCACUAGAACACAUACUACUCAUACCGUUGGGGCGUCAAGGGUAAGCGACGUCUCGCUAAACACUGCAGCAAGAUCAUCGUCUAUACUCGAUGAUGAUGUUACCGAAGAUGGCGACCUUGACAGUCUCGAUGACGGGUUGCAUGCCUUUCGAGAGCCCCCUUUAUAUCCCACCAUUUCCCAGCAGACUCAAGCCCCCCUCCUUCCUGCCCACGAUGGCUUAGGAACCUUUCCCGCCUCGAGUCCGCCCGUGUUGGAGCAACUAUGGCAACAUGAACAAUACAACCCGAAGAGAAAGCAUGAUGGUCAACACCGACGUCCAUCGAGCAUUCAAAGACGGCUGGAUACCAUCGAUGAAUUGGAAGCCCAAGCAAAUGAAGAAAAACGCAUGCGGAUAGAGAAGUGGCGUAUGGAACAAAGUCAGGCCCUGAUGGAAGAAGUCGAACGAGAGACUCGGAGACGACUACGGAGGGGAUCUAGGCUGUCCUCCUUUCAAGAAACGAUGCUCUCCGUCAAUGACGAUAUACUUGGGUCAACACCCAAGCAGAGCGAUUAUCUACCUCAGCCGAUGCCUGAUGCCGACGAGUCGGAGCCUUUUUGGCGAAGGAUCACAAAGAAGUUUAUCCGCGAUAUCAUAGGCAUUGACGAACCACUGCUGUCAGUCAUCUGUGGUGAAAGUCUGCCAGAGGAUGCGGAGACUCGCCCCUCAUCGUCCGCUGGUCCUCUCCCUACAAUACCAGAGCAAUCAUUCCACGCUCAGGCUGUUGACAAUGCUUGGAGAGAUCGUCUUCUACAGCGCAUCGCCCGAGAGUUGGGUGUAUUCGUUCACCAAUUAUCUCCACACCCGGGUGCAUUCAACACAUAUUCCAGCAGCCCUGAUUAUGCUGGCAUGCCAGUAUCAAUGCCUCCACCGAAGCCUACCAAUACCCUCCAUGUUCCUGUCAACCAGGCACAAUUGAAAGACACCAUUACCUCAACAUUAUCCCCGAACUUUCCUCCAACCUUACGAGAUCCUGGACAUGCCGAGAGUUGGGGGUUUGAAGAAGAACCUGUUCCCCCUUCGUCACCUCUAGGCUCAUCACGGAAUCUGCAAAAGGAGCGGGAAUAUUGGGAGAGGGAAUUGGACUUGAAAAUGGUCUUCAGAUAUCUACGAGAUCGAUUCGUCACAAGAGCUCCAAGUGCACAGUCACCGCACACAACCAGGCAGAUAGUGGAGGAUGCGGCUACCCGCGCUGCUAUCAUCCGGCAGCAUCAUCCACUGGUGGCGAGAGCGCAUCAAUCACCUGUAAGGACACGGCGGGAGUCAAGAACAGGUAUCCGGAGACCACAGAGCAGCUGUGCAAGUGAAAGUGUACGAAGUAGCAGGAAGGCAUCAAUCGCAAGGAGCGGAUCAAGUCGAAACUUCUGGGAUAUUGGAGGGAGUAUCGGCAGUGCUACAAGCAUGAUAGCAAGUGGUGGUGCCUGGGGCGAGGUGUAG